AUGGGGAGUAAUAUAAGGGAAGAAAUCAUGAUUUUGGAUUUAAACCAAGAGCCUUUAGACCAACUGCCUGAUUCGGUGAUCGGAUUAGAUAACAUACUCGAUGAGCUUGAAACUGCCCAUGGACGCAUUGAAGAACGUAUCAGACAACUAGAAGCAGUCACUUCCAGGGCUAGGCAGCGUCAGAGGUGGCGACAAGCUCAAAUUUCCCCUCAAAUUGUGAAUAUCACUGCUGGUGUUGUUGCUUCUGAUACACAAAACGAACACAGUCAGAAUGAGGACGAUGCUCCAGCUGCCCGAGAAACAGUGGAAUCUGGCAAAACCAACAGAGGUGAUAACAUGCAUUUGAUAGCCAAGGCACUGGGGAUGGAUACAAAUGUGAAAAAGGCAGAGCCUCAUACUGGGAGCUUUUUUGAUUGUAAUAUAUGCUUGGAUAUGGCAAGAGAUCCUAUGUUGACAUGUUGCGGUCAUUUGUUUUGUUGGCCAUGCUUCUAUCAGUUGUCGUAUGUGGAUUCAAAUGCAAAGGAAUGCCCCGUGUGUAAAGGAGAAGUAACUGAUUCAAGUCUGAUUCCAAUUUACGGGAAUGGGGAUGGUAAAUGUUUUCACAAGUCAAACGAGUCUGUUUCAAAGGCCCCUCCUAGGCCCCCUGCACACAGGAUUGAGGGUUUGAGGCAGCAGCUUAUUAGGCGGGGCCCAUCUUCUGCAUUGAUUGAAGAAAGGAUUCAGCAACUUAGCAACAUAGUUGGUUCAAUGGGGGAGAGAAGACGGUCACGGGAUAGUUUCCGUGCACAAGUCAUGGCUGAAAGAACUAGUUUCGUGCCCAGCCAGGACCAGACAUCACAGGCAUCACCUGCCACUGAGACAAGAAACCAACACCAGCAUGAUUCCCUUCAAGUUUCAAGAUUAUUACUACAAGGGGCCGCUUCACAGAAAGAUUAG